UCUGGAAAAGAGGGAAAAUUCUGCGAAGGAUACUGAAAUUUGUGGCCGUGGUCAGAGGCAAAAAUGGCCACCUAUCCGCCUCUCGCCAGCUACAACCUCUGAGGAUGAGGAAGAAUUCCUCCCAACAAAUACAGUAAGGAAGGAAAAAAAAAAAGAAAUGGCCAGAACAAUGUCAAAGUCCAUCCUAAUGGAUUAUAAAGUAAAUCAAAAGAGUUCUUCUUGUGUAUCUGAUUCUGCUGGCCCUUGUUCUCCUAGUGCCUUUGGUGAUUCAGGAUCUCAGGCACACAAUACCAAAGUAGUGAUAAAACAACUCUCAGAAUUAAAAGAAAUACUAAUGGGGAUGAAGGAGAAAAUUGAAAAUAUAGAGAAAAGGAUCAUUAGAGUGGAAAGCAAAGUACUCCCACAUGAGACAGAGAAAGUGUUGCCACCGCCAGAUAAUAAUAAAAAAAUGCAAACACAUGAGACUGUAACUACCUUACCCACACAGGUUAAAAUUGGACCCAACACAGCAAUCACUUCUGAGCAGUAUGCAAAUGUAAAAUGGACAGACCCAAAGAAAUCAACAAAAGAUCUAUUACUGGCUGUUUUUGGGAGAAGAAAGUUGGCGACACACACCUACACAGGGAAGUGCUCAAACGCCUUUAGGGGAAGAGAGGCCAAACCUCAGCUGGAUCCAGACAAAGUGUGUGACAUAAUAAACUACAUCAGGAAAAAAUUUGGCACAGAUAUUAGACUAAUCAAACAAGCCAUUUCCCAAAAGUGUGCAGAUGAAUGUAAAAUGGCGACGAGAAAGAUGUAGGAUUUUGUUGUCUAGCCUUUGUUGCCUUUUUGUCUGUCAAUUUAUUUAUUUGCUUGCAUCAUUGUUUGUCUGUUU